AUGGGUCGCCUCCCCUCGGCCGAUCCCCCGGCGUCAUCGUCGCACUCACUUCAUUCUAUCGACGACGCGCCGCCUCCAUACUCUGAUGACCCCGAGGUCCCUGUCCAACCUCACUUUGUUCAGGUCCAGCCCGUCCAGCCCGUCCAGCCUCCCACUAGUAUUUUACCCCUCCGCCUAAUCGACUCCGCCUACGUUCUUCCUGGCAGCCCGGGUACCAAACCCCAUGACAAGGUCGCUCUCAGUCUCAGCCCAGGGCUCUCGAGCAACUGCGACGAGCUAUACAAUGUCAUCCACAAGCAAAUAAAACUGCCCCCGCGGCCGCUGCUCCACAUCCGCGGCACGCAUACUGAAACCAGCCAGGAAAAGAAAAAUGAGAGAAACAGCAACACCGUCACAGACUUCCAGUUCAGACUAGAUCUCGCAGAGACCAUGUUAACCGGCUGGGAGCCUACACGCAUGGAAUUGAACUGGAUGCAGGUUGAGAUCCUCACAGACGAGGAUCUCAAGCCAGCGUACCGGGGAGGAAUUCUCCGCUCACCCACAUACGAGCCUCCCAAGUCGCGUGCUAUCAGCCUUGAUGAAGACACCGAUGCUCUCCUGAAUCGCCAUGAUGGCCAACAGAAUAACCUCUCACCUGCAGAAAAAGACCUAAGAAUGUGGUGCGAACGGUUCUGUCACGACCCCGCGCCUGUGAAGUCAUUCACUCUACACCGCGAAGUCCGCGGCUUUGACUCGAACGCCAUGCGCAACGUCCUCUCCUCCCAUAUCCGCGAACUCAACUACCGCGGCAACAUAAGCAUCAGUCUCGCGACCGCCCACCACUCCGUCACAAUUUACUCCCCACACUGGAUCAACCGGCUGCGUGCAAACAGGGCCGUCUGGUGGACUGUUGUCAUUCUCCAGCUCUGGAUCAUCACAUGGCCGAUUAUCUUCUUCAUUGAGAAGCGGUACGAAAUCGCGCACACACGCUGGAAUGCGUCGCUCGUGCCCGAAGAGGCCGCCUCUCCGCUGGCCAAAUGCUAUGCUUUUGGUCGUAGCGAGUCUGCCCUAGCGGAGUAUUGGGCGCCGGCUGUGAAGCAGGCGGCGUGGAGUCGGCGGCAGGAUUCUGAGCUUUUAACGAGAAUGGAUGCAGAUCGCUUGCAGGGGUAUAGUACUCAGCAGCUACUUGGUCUGCGGGUUCCUGACUCGGAUGCGGAGCUUGAGCGGCGUGGGCGUGUUAACAGCGGCGAGGGCGGGUUUGUUGAUAAUGUCGUAGGUCUGGUGAGGGGGAUUGGCGAGGUUAGCCAGGAUUGGAGGUUUGCUUCUGGAUGGGGUGCUAAUUGCUAA